CCCCCCCGGCGGUCCUCCAUUACUAUUGCUAUUUAUUACUAGUAGAAUUCUUCAUUUCUCUACCUCGAGAAGUUGAUAAGGUUCCCUCAGUUUCGCCGCCGUCCUACAUUGGAAUCUCCGAACUUCUUCUGUAUCUAUAGCUCUCGAGAUUGAGGAGGAGGAGGAAGCAGGCUGUAUAUUGUCCGAUGGCAGGGGUUUUAUCAGGUCUGAAACGCCUAUACCUCACCAUUUACAAUUGGACCGUCUUCGUCGGAUGGCUGCAGGUGUUUUUUCUAGCUGUGAAGACUCUCAAGGAGUCGGGGCACCAACACGUCUACGAUGCCGUUGAGAAGCCUCUGCUUCUAGCUCAAUCUGCUGCCAUCUUAGAGAUAAUUCAUGGUCUAGUUGGCUUGGUUAGAUCUCCAGUUUCUGCGACGCUGCCACAGAUUGGUUCAAGGUUAUAUGUAGCUUGGGGAAUUUUGUGGAGCUUUCCUGAGGUUAGGACUCAUGUACUUGUUAGCAGUUUGGUCAUUAGCUGGUCUAUCACUGAGAUUAUCCGAUAUUCAUUUUUUGGGACAAAGGAAGCCUUUGGCUCUGCACCUUCAUGGCUUUUGUGGCUUAGGUAUAGCACCUUCCUCUUGCUGUACCCAACGGGCAUCACGAGUGAGGUCGGUUUAAUAUACAAUGCCUUACCUUUUAUCAAGGAAUCCGCAAAAUAUUCUGUAUUGAUGCCCAACAAGUGGAACUUCUCAUUUGAUUACUAUUAUGCUGCAUUUGUUGUUCUUGGUGUUUAUGUGCCAGGCAGUCCUCACAUGUAUACCUAUAUGCUUGGGCAAAGGAAGAAAGCUCUCUCCAAAUCAAAAAAGGAGUAGAUUCCUGGAAUUGAUAUAUGCUUUAAAUUAUGAUUUUACAAGAAUUAUCUAUGUAUUUUUUUUGACAUCUAUUCAACUUACUGAAUGUAGUUUGCCUAUUAAAUUGUCACGUGGAAGUUUGAGACAAUAUAUUACCUCGUUUUCCCAUUACCUAAAUCAUACUAUUAGUUUUCCCUGACGCAA